AUGUCCAAACAGCUGAUAUUGUUCGAUAUUCCCGACCGGAACAGCACCUGCUGGUCUCUGAACCCUUGGAAGAUCCGACUCGCUCUCAACUACAAGGGCAUCGGCUACAAGACUGAAUGGCUCGAGUACCCUGACAUUGAGCCCAGGCUAAAGUCUGCAGGGCUCGAGGGUGAUCCCAACCAGAUAGCCCUGUUCACGUGUCCCACUGUACAAUUCCCUGACGGAACGUACGUGAUGAACAGCGCUAAGAUCAUCAAACGCCUUGAGGCCGACUAUCCUGAGCCGUCGCUGCAUCUAGAUUCAGAGGUUCUCCAGCAAAUGUAUGAUUUUCUCAGUGAGACAUUUGACAGUCUAUGUCCUGUGCUUUUGCCAAUCGCGCCUCGAGACGUCUUGAACAAACGAAGUGCGGACUAUUUCUGGGAUACUCGGGCGAAGGCAUACGGUAUGACGCUUGACGAGCUUGAGAAGACACAGGGUGGCGAGGCAGCUUGGGUCAAAGCCAAGGAGUCUCUGGAGAAGACAGCAGCUUUGUUGGAUAAGACUGAAGGGCCAUUUUUCCUUGGAAAUAAAUUCUCUUACAUCGAUUGCGUUUACGUUGGGUUUUUAUUCUUUGCAAAGAGGUUCGGCGAGGAAAACUAUCAGCGCAUCAUCCAGCACUCAGGGUCUUUUGAUAAGCUUUUCAAGGCUAGCGAAAAGUGGCUGGAUCGAAACAAUUAG